GUUUAUCGGAAGGCUGCCUCAGGUUUAUGUACCAUUCAUAUAUGCCUGAAUUCACUAAAGACCCAUUACUAAGGUGCUUGCUGUAGAGAGAUUUCUUUCUUUCUUUUUCAGUUCAGGGGUUUCCAAAGGGAACUUGAACACUUGCACAAAUGUUCAAAAGGUCUGAAGAACACCCAGGUCAGGGUUAAAAUCAGCCUUGGAAUUUAUAUGUCAAAGGUAUCACAGUAGCUCUCCAUCUCACAGAGGAUGAGGAGAAUUAAUGCACUUUAAGAUGGUCAAUUACUUCUGUAGGAUGCGGUCUGUAUAAAUUUCUUCAGAGCACAAAAUUGAUCUAGCAAUCACACGGUGAGUUUGCUGGCUCUCAUUUCCGUGGUGAGCCUGAAGCACCACAGACAGCAAAGACACCUCGUAGUUCAGCUUCCACUUUUACAUAGGAACUAGAAAAGAAAGCCCUUCUGAAGAUAUGAAGCAACCAUACGACUGCAUGCCCUCCUCUUACAGCAGCCACAUUCCUGCCAAUUGGAAAGUCCUUGGUGAGGUGGAUCUAUUUCCCUGAGUACACAGGUGAUGCCAGGUACACCAGAGCAGCUUAAGCCAUGCUUACAGUCCACGUGAGGCUGUUCUAGCCCUGAAAUGUCACCAUACUUCUUGUUUUCCUUUUGCUGCAUUCUCCAGGGGCUGCAUGGGGACUGUGGGUGACACAGGGUGGAACUGGGAAAUGGGUGUCAAAAAAAGAACUGAAACAACAUGAAAACAGCAAGAAACAGGCAGAUCGGGCUCAGUGGGGUUUUGCUACUGUGUUGGAGCCAUGGGCUGCAUGUGGGGAUGGUGUUUUCUCUGCUGCCCAACCACUCUGUGCUGGACAUCCAUCACUGUCCUGCAUUCUCUUUAGCUACUUGCUUUGUCCACACCUGAAGCUGACACCAGUGGGAGUAAGCCAAAUGGCUACUGAUAGUGCUCUGUAUGUAUUAAGUUUUCAUGUAUGUAUAUACACCUGUAUGUAUGUAUUAAGGUUCCCAUUUGACAUUCAGCAUUUGCUUUCAGGGUUCUCUCAUGAAGCAUCUAAGGGAGAUUUAUGGUUGUUAUUUUAAUAUGUGUAAAUUUUGCAGCUGAAAAGCUGCAAUUGUCUUUAAAAUAUGUCAGUUAAUCAAAUAGUUUCCAUUUUGAAGAUAUCCUCUUAAGAAAUAAAAAGAGUAGGUAUUUACUGUAGCCUUUCUUAUUUUAAUUUAGGACUGAAAUAAUCUUUCAUUCAUGACCCCUGUUUUCAUGCCCUUUAACCAUGCCAGAUACUUCACAAAGAAAGCAUUCUUUCAUAUCUUGCCACAGCAUAUAAUUUCUCUGGAAAAUUUGGGCAAAAGCCAUCAUCACCACUUAAAAAAAAGUAAUAAGAGCUUUGCAGCUCACUGAGACAAUGCUCACUGAAUUGAACUGGUGCUCUGAAUUGACCCUGACUUGCUGUCUGGUGUGCUGACCUGUUUACCUUGUGAAUCUUUCCUCCAUAUUUGACGUGGUUUGUAACAAGGUGUCAGACGUGGAGAGGGUGAUGGAGGGUCUCCAGGAUCAUGCAGCAGCUGUGCUCAAACCGCAUCCUCUGAGGUCAGAUUCUGCCGCUUGUUCUCAUGCCUCAGGACAGCAGAACUACGAUCACAUCUGGAAGGAAGUCUACGCCUUCACUGAGCGUCACCAGGAACUAAAUACUGAGGAUGAUAACAAAGCCGUGGCUUGCAGUGAGGAAGAUGCAGGAGACAGCAGCUCCAGAAAGCUCCCAGGAUCCUACAGAAGGAAGAAUGAAAGAGGGUUUGGAUACAUGAGCACCUGGCAGCUCCUGGGCCUGGAAGAAGGACCAGCAAUUGCCAUCAAGGAAGACGUGGUGACAAGAGGAACCUAUCUUUCCUUUCUUCUCCUACGUCACUUGAGGCUCCGAGAGCUAAAGAGAGCAUGCCUGGGAAUCCUGAACUACUUCAGAUCUGUAGAGAGAAGCCUUACUAUCAGUACUGCAGGCCUCAACCUCAAGGCUGGUCAACAGAUUCCCAGUGCAGAAGACACCUCCUGGAUCAGUGCUGCCAAAGGAGGCACUGGUGCUUCUGGUGGCUUGCACUCUCAGCCCUACGUUCACUACACACCAGCUGACUACAAGGUCCACAGCACUCAUUUCAUGGAGUUUGCAGAGGUGGAAAACCAUGAUGACUUUCACACUCACAAAGAUGGAUAUAUCCACACUCAGGACCAGCGUGGGGCUUACAUCAUAUAUGAUGUGGCACUGGAGGACCUAAAGGAGCUUGAGAACCAGCUGCUGCUUGUGGCCAGCCAGUACAUUGAGAAAGAUAAAAGCAAUGUAACUUGUGGGAAAUUCAGUGGCAGCAAUAUCCUUGAGUGGGCACAUGCCUCUGUGGAUCGAUUUGCAGUGUUGUUUGACCUUUGGACCUGUGAAACUGCUUUCUUGGAAAAAAAAUGCCAGCUUCUAGACGUUUACUUAGAGGCCUACCAACAUGCUUUGGACCCAGAGGAAAGAUUUGCUUUGGCCCAGGCGAUAACUGACAUCAUGCAUAAACAUCCACGGUUUGAUCUUGAGCUUGAAUAUUUUGUGAACAUCUACAAAGAUGAAUGCACCUGUUUACAACUUCACCUCCAGCUGCUGAGGGACAUAGUAAACCAACAAGUAGAUGUCCAGAGGGAAUAUGUCUCUAAGAUUUGGCGGAAAGGUCAGAAAGGUGGCAUUGAUGAGUUUGGAUUUCCUUAUAACGUGAUCACUAAGCAACUUGUCUCUCUUAACACUAGCUGUCCUACUUCGAAGAAAAUUUAUUUGCUGGAGUUUCACCCUUCUCUUGGUCUGGUGUGCUCAAUCCCCAAAGCUCUGGAGUUUGUCUACCAGGAGCUCUACAGCAUCUGUAGACCCAAAACAGCCAGUAGAGCAAUUAAGCUAGAAAAACAAGUGCUUCAGCUGGUAUUUGAUGAGUGGCUGACUAUGGAAAAACCAGAAUCUUUCUACAGCUCUCAGAUUCAAAAAGAUUUAUUUGCAGAGACGCUCAUAGAGGACCCUGUGCUGGUGCAAGAGAUUGCUUUGUCACUAUUAGAGGUGGGAGCAGAUGAAGAAAGAAAAGAAGGCAAGGAAAAGCAGCUCUUUAUCCUGGAUUCAUUCUCCAUGCUUCUGGAACUGAUCACGCUCCGGCAUCGGUUGAUUGAGGUGGCAACAGAGAGUGCACGGUUAGCCAGCUUAUAUAAGGCUUUUGCAAUGGAAGCAGGAUUUGGGGAGUGCCAUUUGUAUCUGAGGCCAGUGCACUUUGAAUAUGCUCUUCACAAGGAGAAAGCAGACCAUCUGCCACCAACGUUUAUUACCUCUCUCCUGGAAGAAGACAGCUGUGUUGACAGAUAUAUUCCAAGUAGUUUACCAUUAAGCAUUCAAGAGAUCGACAGUCACAUUGGAAAAUUUAGUUUCAGGACAAGAGAUGGUGUUAUGAAGCUCUUGUGUCCAUCUGGAUUAAAGGACAUGCAGCUUAUCCUUGCCUGCCAGGUCAUUCAGAAAAAUGCUCUUUUGGCAGCUGUUCAGCAAGCCUCCUUUUGUUAUCUUCAGUUUACCCAUUCCCUGGACAUAAAGGAAGGAAAUGUAAGUCUAACAAGUCAGAGCAGUUCAGCAAGUGGAAGAAAUUCUGUAUCUGGGAGCCAAGCAGAGGAUCAGCUUCUGCCAGCAACCACGCCACACACACCAUUUUCUCCUGGGCGUUCUCCAUAUUUACACCAAGCCUUUCACAGGCCUCCAGAAGCUUUUCUUUCCAUUCAGCUGGAGAAACAAGGGCCUCGAGAUAUGAUGCUGAACACUUUCAUCCAUAAGAAAGAAAUGCUGGGCAGCAGAAUGCAAAACCCUGAUGAAGUUCUACAACUAAAGAGAGAUGUUAUAGUUGAAUAUUGUCUUAAGAUGAAUCAACGUGUGUCCCAGCACGCCCUGCGAGGUCAGCUCAUUGCAUUCUACAACAGCCUAAGAAGCCUCUUAGAUGAUUUCCCUGUUGUCAGAGACAAAUACUUCAUAAUUGGACUCUCUCAAGGAAAAAAAGAGCAAGAGUUAAAGGAAAACUUCGCAGCUGAUCCCGGAUCCUUUCAACCUCGACCACGCUAUUUACUGUCCCCAGAUGGAUGCACCUUCCUUAAUUUGUGGUUCAUCCCUCACCCUACUGAAGUGCUGAUUAUGUUCAAGAUGCUUCCAGAGAAGGCUGCUCUCAAAGCUCUCCGCCUAAGCCUGCAAAUUGUUGGUGCAUUUCAUGAUGUCGUUGCCUAUCUCCUGGCUUUUGCUCAGUUAGGAAAUUCACCAAGCUUUUUUCGUGCCUUAAACCCAGAGCCUUUGACUCCAGACUGGGGAGGGACUGGAAGGAUUGGGACUGAACUUCAAGAGAUACAGAGAAUGAUUGACAGCCUCCAGAAUCCCCAGGAUCCCAGUACAGUAGCCCAGCUGCUAACUGCUCACAGAGACAUAAUGUUUCUACAGUUUGAUGCUGCAAUCAGACAUCGACUACGAGAGACAUUUUUGUCCUCCGGGAAUGUUUCAGCCUACCAGAGUAUUACAGACAGGAUAUACCAUGCACUGCCUCCCCUGAGUAACUGUAUGAUUCCAAGUGUGUUUGCUGCACAGCUGAGGCUCCCACAGGUGCUGGAUGUUCAGAGCUGCAGAACACUCAUGCAAUUUCCUUGGAGGACAUUCCUAAUGGAUGGAGGAUUGUUUCCAGUCACUAUCAGCAACACAAUAAAUUUAAAUUACAACAUGCAGUUAUGCCUGUGUAGCCUGAAUGAUGCAGACCGGGGAGUUGCUCAUGGGGAGCUAGCUGCCAUGCAGUUUCUAAUGGAGGAUGUUCUGCAGAGCCACAAUGAGUCCGCUGUGGAAGAUCAUGCUGAUUGUCAAGGCUCCUUAGCUAACAGUAAGCAGCAGAACUCAGCAGAGAUGACUGACCCAAGCGCUAACUGGUUGCAGAGCAGCAAAAAAAUAUGCAAACUUCUGCUGAGGCAUCAAGAUCCAAUUGCAUCAUGUAACCUGCUGAAGUCUUUUCUGGUGCUAUGGAAACAGCUGGAAAUAUUAAAGGCAGAAUGGGGCCGGCUUAAGCUGAGAACUGAAGAUAUCAAUACAGUACCUCUCUACAAAGAGUUCUGUGAGCGAUAUGGUACAGAAAUUCUGCGCCCAGCCAUGAAAGCCAUGGCCAGGCAAAUGGGCAUUGAGAAGAACUUCAGAGAGCCUGUCACAGUCAUUCAGCAUGUACUUCCCCCAAAAGGAGUAUCAGAAAUUGAAAUGAAAGUGUAUCAGCUUCAAAAGCUUCUGGAAAGCCUGGAAAUCUACAUGAUCCACGAUGUGCAGAAGAAGAUUAAGCAGGAGAUGACUCUUGUGAUAUCUGAAAGAGCCAGACAAGAGAGCAGCCUCCCUACUGAGCUCUGGAAACACCAAGUAAUGCAAGAAAAUUUCUCUGUUGUGCGACCACAGAUAGUUGAAACAUUUGUUCAAAGGCUGAUGGAAAACUAUGAGGGAUCAGAUACAGAGGUUACUUUUAAAAAAAGCCAUUUACAGCAGUGCCUUACCAUGCUGGGCUGUGACAUCAUGGCCAGAGAACGCAGCAACUUUGAGACCUACUCUAUGUUUUAUGAAAAUAUCCUCCAGCAUCUGCACCAUCUACUUUACCAAAAAGAGCAAGAGCUGCACGCUGUGGAAGAUGGUGGAAAUCAAAAUGAUACGUUCCUGACACAGAUUGCAGGGCUGAGUCAUGAGAUGAUUAUGGAAAUAACUGCUCUCAGAGCCCAGCUCACUCACUUGGAGGAUGAAAAUGCUGGUCUCAAAGAGAAGAUUAGAAAAGAAGUACGGGAUGAAUAUGAAUCAUUAGUGCAGAACCUGUUUGGGACGUGCAUCCAUCUAAAAGGAAAGUUGGAUGUCUAUCGACUUAACAUUGAGCAACGAGUGCUUGAAAUCAUCAGUGAAGUGAGAAGGGAAGGAGCUGACAAUAUGAUUGAUCUGAAGAAAAAGUUUGGCUCCCCUGAAACCAAUGAUGGCCUGGGAGAACAGUUGUCUAAACAGGAGCAGCUGCAGAUCUUGCAGGAUGAAAAUAUCAGCCUAAGCAAGCUGGUGUGCAAGCUGAGGGCUCUGAACUGCUGGAAACACACCACUCAGAAAGCACAGCUCUCUGCAAAGCUGAGACACGCUGAGAAGGAAGCUCUUCAAAACAAAAAAGAGUGUCUUAAUGCAAAGAUGAUGGCAGAACAAGAGGUGACUUCAUUGCAGGGUCAGCUUGUGUCUGCAUGGAAAGCUCUUGAAAAAUCUCAAGCAGAAAAUGACAAGCUAAAGAAACAGCUGCAUAAGCAGAAACAAAUGCUGUUGGAAAUGGAACAUCAGAAAACACAGGAAACCAGGAGAAGACAAAUUCUCAGUAUGGUGAAAGCUCAAAACACAGAGAAGGUGCUUGAAAAGAUGGAAGAGAAAGGGCAGAAGAUAAAAUGCCUGGUGAAGGAAGCUGAAAAGCCUUCUAAAACAGGACUACUUCAACAGAAAAGGGCCAAAACAGCUUUGCAGCAGAUAAGAAGCCAGUUAACCCAAGAGUUCAGCUUAAACCUGGAGGCCUUCCAUAACAUUGAUGAACUGCCAUGUCAAGUUUAUAACCCGGAAGCUGCAGUUUCCCGGAGGAACGUGACUGCAGGUUCCGCAGCUCAGAUCCGGAAUAACAAGACUGCAGCAUUCACUCAGCUUGAGGACUACAAGCAAGAGCCGUUGGAUCCUGACCCAAGAAGCAGCACUGUAAAAAGAAGAAACACUCGAAGACCGAAGACAGUACCCAGCAGACGGAAACAGUGCAGCAGACAGGCUGUUGCCACACCUCAGUGAAAAACCUCUUCCUACUGCCUUCAUGCAGCUAUGGGAACACAGAUGGGUCUGGAAGUAAACUUAGAUGCGUUUCUAGUCAGCCCGGGGCAUUUUAGAAAUUACUGAUGAGUUGGCAGUCUUAAAGAGAAGCUCGUUUAUAUACAAAUCAAAGGGAGGCAGCAACUCUCCAGUGCUAUGCAUGUAUACUUCCAAUAUCAUAGAAUGGCCAGCCACCAGACCAGGAUGCCCAAGGCCACAUCCAGCCUGGCCUUGAAUGCCUCCAGUGACGGGGCAUC